GGGGAUGUAUGUGGAACUAAUAAUGCCCGCGUUUUCGAAUGAUUUAAUGAAUGACUUAGGAUAAUGGAUGUUAAAUUCAGUAUUUUUAUGGUUUGCGCAAGAUCUCCGAGGGGCCGUGAAAGAACCAGGAAUCGAUCCGAGACCACUAAAUUGAAAUCAUGACGUCACUCAGCCCGGUCGACCCGGAACCGUCACAACAAAUAUUAAUGUUAGAUCUUUUCUUUCUAUCGCCUAUAAUCUUUAUCAUUCGAAUAUGAAUUUAAUAAUAUUUUUUAAUAUCUGGCCGUGGAUAAAUUUUUCAUAGAAAAAGUAAUUCAUUCUUACCUAGAUAGAUAUCGACGCUCGCUUCUUCCUUGUUCUCUUGCACCAGCGCUUCUGGGAUCGGCUUGUCGCUGAGUAAUCGCCAUACGUGUGCUGCUAUCGACUACUACUUCAUGCCUUUUCGUUUCGAUAGCUAAGGUUAUUGUAAAUACUAUAACCUACAUCCAUAAAUAUUUUCAAGAUGAGCUCGUCGGCCAUAACGCCUCCUUUUGGGGCAUCGGAUUACGUCAAGUUUUUCGGCGCCGGUGCGCUGGCAGCAACAACGACACAUGCGACCGCAACUCCUAUCGAUGUGGUCAAGACGAGGAUGCAGGUGGAUGACUCGUUGAAAGGGCUUAGAAUGUUGGCUGCUGGACGACAAAUAGUAGCUAAAGAAGGAACAUCGGCAUUACUUACGGGGUUUGGGCCUACUGCCGUUGGCUAUUUAAUUCAAGGUGGUGGGAAGUUCGCCGGAUAUGAGUUCUUUAAAAAGAAAUUCAUCGACUUGACAGGUUCUCAGGAGAAAGCGACACAACGGCGCACAGCUAUCUACCUGGGCGCUAGUGCGACGGCCGAGUUUUUUGCUGAUAUCGCCUUAUGUCCGCUAGAAGCCACGCGCAUCCGUCUCGUUUCGCAGCGCGGCUUCGCCUCGGGGAUGGUGGGGGGCUUCAUGCGUCUCGCUAGGGAAGAGGGUUUUAAGGGCUUCUAUUCGGGCUUCGUACCUUUACUAUUCAAGCAGGUUCCAUACGCGGUGGGGCAAUUUUCCGUUCAUGAGGCCGCUGUCGAAGUGAUUUAUCGGACUAUGGGACCAGAGCGAAAAGCUAAAUUGACGCAGCUGCAAUCGACUGGCGUGGAACUGACAUCGGGUCUCGUUGCUGGUGUGGCGGCGGCGGUGCUUUCGCAUCCAGCUGAUACGCUGCUUUCGGCUAUUAAUAAGGGAGCGGGGGAUCCGAAGCAAGGUGUCACAAGCAGGAUGUUCUCGCUUGCACGAGAAUUUGGUCCGCGGAGAUUGCUAUUAGCUGGUUUGGCCCCACGUAUUGUUAUGACGAUGGGUUUGGUAUCGGGGCAGUUUAUCAUAUAUGCUCAAUGCAAGACACUGGUUGGUGCGCCGGCUGGGAUAGAAAUUCAUAAGGAGUAAAUGGGGGGAAUUCAUUUCGGAGAUUUCGGAGAUUUCGGGAGUGGGGGUAAAAGGAAAUACGUACGUGACAAUGCUUUAUGAGGAU